AUGAGACACAAUUCGGUCGAGCGAAUACUCUGGUUCUGUGUUUUGUGAGUUUUAGAUUAACUGUUUGGUCGGUCGAAAUGGAUAUAAUCAAUGGUUUCUUGAAUCUGACGGCCCCUUUCAUGACCUUCUUCGCCUUCUGCUUCUUCUUGCCCCCAUUUUACUUCUUCAAGUUCUUGCUUUCCAUUUUCUCUUCCAUUUUCUCGGAAAAUCUCCAGGGAAAAGUCGUUAUCAUAACCGGUGCUUCCUCCGGUAUCGGCGAGCAUUUGGCAUAUGAGUACGGAAGUAGAGGAGCAUGUUUGGCCUUAGCAGCUCGGAGGAAGAACCGUCUCCAAGAAGUGGCGGAACUCGCACUCGAGUUGGGAUCGCCUGACGUCAUCACCGUUCUCGCCGACGUCUCCCAACCCGAAGAUUGCCGGAGAAUCGUCGACGACACUAUCUCUCAUUUCGGACGACUGGAUCAUCUAGUGAACAAUGCCGGGAUAGCCAGUAUGGCGAUGUUCGAGAAUGUUACGGAUAUCACCACGACGAGGACCGUUAUGGAUAUCAACUUUUGGGGUCCGGUUUACAUGACUCGAGCCGCACUUCCGUACCUUAAACAAGCCAACGGGAAGAUCGUGGUAAUGUCCUCCGCCGCGGCAUGGCUAACCGCUCCGAGAAUGAGCAUUUACAACGCGAGCAAAGCAGCGCUGUGGAAUUUCUUCGACACAUUGAGGAUCGAACUCGGCCGUGACAUAGGUAUCACGAUCGUCACGCCUGGUUACAUCGAAUCCGAACUUACACAAGGGAAGUACUUGUCAGAAGAAGGAGAGAUGAUCGUUGAUCAGGACAUGAGGGAUGUUCAAAUAGGUGUGUGUCCCGUCGGGUCGGUGACGGAUUGCGCGAGGGCGAUCGUGAGAGCGGUGUGUCGAGGACAGAAGUACGUGACCGAGCCGUCGUGGUUUAAGGUCACGUACUUGUGGAAAGUGUUCUGUCCGGAGAUAAUCGAAUACGGAUGCCGAUUGUUGUGCAUGACCGGGUUCGGCACGUCGGAGAAAGAUGCUCUCAACAAGAAAAUCCUCGACAUGACCGGAACACGUGCGAUUCUGUACCCGGAAUCGAUCAAGACAUCGCAAAUCAAGUCGGAUUAAGGAGUGAUUAGGGCAAGAUUAUGCGAAAUGUUUAAGCAAUAAUGAUAAAAGAUCAACAUGGGUGUUGUAUUAUAUAGUUGUUUUUGUUCUUUUUCGUAUGUUUGAAACUAAAUAACUUGGGACAUGUUCUCUGUCUCUGUGUUGGUGUUUAGUGUUUGUAAGAACAGACGACACGUAAAGAUUUCAAUAAAACAUAACAUUAUAUGGUAGUUCAUUA